AUGGAGGUGGAUCAUGAAGAUAAUGGAACAGACAUUGAAGCUCAGCGGAGUUCUCCGUUGUCAAUGAAUGGUACUGAAUUAAGUAAUUCUAGUUUGAUCAUCAUGAGGAGGUUGGCGUUCAUUUUCCUAUCUAUUUACAAGUUCAUUGAAGCUGGAGCAAGCAUAGCAUCAUCUCUUUCACCAGUGUCAUCGUCGUCCUCAACAUCCAACACAACCUUUUAUACUCCUCAUACCAGCUUGAAUCUUGAACAUGGAAACUCUGAAGGUGGUGGAGAUGAUAGUACUGUACAAUCAAACAAUGAGAUUGAGUUUCAGCCUCAUGAUCAGAGUACUCAUCAGCAAUGCUUAAAAAUUAGUGAAGAGGUUGUGAAGGAGAAAAAGUUGGAUUGGAGUGAUACUCGUGAUGUUGACAAGGGAAUUCAUGUUGCAGACAAUUCUGGUCGUUACAUGCUGAUCUAUGCCCAGUUCAUGAUCCGACAACUGAUAUGUAAGGAACCAACUAUUUUGCUCCUUGCAAUUGCUGCAAUAUUGUCGUUUAUCUUUGGAAUCAAAGAAGAAGGUGUGCAGAAUGGUUGGUUUGAAGGAGCACUUCUGGUUGUGAUUAUAUUUGUGAUUGUUUCGUUUAAGCUAGCACGUAAUUGGUACAAAAGACACAUUUGGAAUAAGCAAAAUGAGAACAGAGCAAGGAAGGACCAGCCGUUUAUUUCUGAAACGGACUCCAGUUUUUGUGCCGACUUUGACAAGUUGAACAAUUACAUACAUAUUAGUGGGCUGUCCAUUGGCAUUUUGAUCACUGUGGUGCUGUUCAUUCGCUUUAAAUUGGGCUAUAAAGAUGAUGAGAACGGAUAUAGAUUGGAAACCAAGGAAGAACCAACUGAAAUUGCACGGAUAAUGAAUGCCGUGAAGAAGGUUUUGACAGAAUCAAAGGGAGCAGUGAGAGUUAUGAUAACUUCUCUUGGUAUCACACUGGUGGGGAUUACUGAAGGAGUACCAUUUCUUAUUUCAAUUGCAAGGGCAUACUGGUAUCCAAUUUUUGAUGUUAAGAUGGAACCAGUCAACACCAUCUGUAUAGAAAAAAUUAGAUGGUUGAAAGUUACCCAGUUUCUUCUUGACAAAAAAGAUGUUACCAAGAUACCACCACAUGUCUACAGUGUUCUCUCUGAUGGAAUUGGUGUGUCCCCUCUAACUUCUCAAACAGCCUACCACAGAGUAAAAGAAGCAAUACUCUGCUGGGCAGAAAAGAACACGGGUAUGCAGAGAGACACUUUGGAUAAGCAGUUCACCAUAGUGAAGAACAACGAUGAUGAGAUGAAUCCUUUUGAAGGACCUUGUAAAGUAGUCAUAGAGAAAAAUGGAGAUAAUGGGAAAGAGUACUAUUCAUAUUUCAAGGGUCCUACUGAUUCAAUAUUGCCAAUGUGUUCAAGUUACUAUGACUUGACGGGUCAAGUGCAGGAUUUGGAUGACGAAACAAAGAGUGACAUUGUUCAAACUAACAACAAGAACAUGAACGUAGUUGCAUUUGCCUUCAAACACAGUCAGGACGUUGUUGAACUUGAUGAAAAUGGCCUAACAUUCAUUGGUAUGUUUGUCUUAGAAUAUACUUUCAAUCUAGACAACAUGAGGCAAGGAAUUGCGAUUCUGAAAGAAGGCGGAGUGAAGAUGAUAUUUGCCUCAGAAGAAGAUGUUGAAGUGUUUCGUACCAUUGUUGAUGAAACAGGAUUGCUCAACUCACAUGAAGCUCUAGUAGUUAGGGGCGAAGAUGCUACAAAGGAAAAUGUUGAUAAAAUGUGCGUUAUGGGAAAUUCCUCUCCCGCAUGCAUGCUUCUUUUAAUAGAGCAAUUGAAGAAAAGAGGAGAAGUUGUGGCUGUGGUAGGAGAACAAUCAUCUGAAAGUAAUGUGGUUCUUGAAGCAGCUCAUUUUGGCCUGCCUGUGGUGACUAACUGGCCUGAAACUAUAACUUAUGUGAUUAACAGCAUCAAGGGAGGAAGAAUUGUUUGUGAGUAUAUGAGGCAGUUCAUCCAAGUUGAGAUAAUCUUUGCAAUCAGUAGCUUAUUAAUAAACUUCAUACUGGUUAUAUUAGACGGAGAUGGUCCGUUAACAGUCAUUCAGUUGGUAUGGGUUAACCUUCUUGUAAAAUUUAUUGGAGGGCCAGCUUUGCUAAUUACUCAGCAGGCAACAAGACAACUAAGGGAUGAGCUUUCUAUCAGACCAAGAAAACAGCCAAUUACCAAGGGCAUGUUGAGAAACAUACUUCUUCAAGUUUCUUAUCAGACUGGUAUUUUUGUAUUCCUUCAACACAGAGGAAGUGCAAUACUGGGGAUCACUCCAAAAGUUAACAGAUCGAUAGUCUUGAACGGGUUCGCUUUGUGCCAGCUUUUUAACAUAUUCAGUGCAAGGGAUUUGGAGCAGAGGAAUUAUUUCAAAGGUCUCGGUCAAAAUUACUUGUUUUGGGCAUUGUCUGGGCUCUAUCUUGUGUUGCAGUUUGGAUUCAUUGAAUUAGAGGCUUUCUUGUUUAGCAACACGGCACGACUGAAUUGGAAGCAAUGGGUUGAAUCUAUUUUAAUUGGAGCUGUUACAUGGUUGCUUGAUGUGAUAGUAAAAUGGGCAUCACAAUACAUAAAGAUAAGCAAAUAUUGUGACUGUGGAGUUCUUUACCCAGCCAGAAAUUGGUUACAGAAUUGGUUUGCCAGAAUCAACUGUUGUGACAGUGGACCAACAAGUACACCAAAUUCCACCCUUGUUUCCUUGGAUUCUUCAAGAUCCACUAGCGGAAAGGGCUGA